GGCAGGGAGCGGGCUGAGCUCUCCGCGGGCCUGUGCCCUGGAGCACCGCGGGACGCCCCGGGAGCGCGGCACGGCGGUACCUGUGUCCUGUCCCAGCCUGCACAGCCACCGCCUCGCCAGCACCUUCACACCCGGCUGGGGCGCGCAGACACGAGAGAUGCCCCCAGGGAACAGGGCACCUGCGGCCGGAGCUCUGUGUGACUGACCGGGCGCUCCGCUGAGGGCACGGUGGCUCUAAAGGCUGCUUGGAGAGUCCCGCUUGACGCCUGCGGGCUCAGCCGCUCCUCGCCGUGACCGCCGGGCUCCUCAGCGCUCCCGCCCCAGGGCCCGCACCCGCGCCGGGCGGCCCGCUCCGUGCUGAUAGGCUGUGCCGCAGGAAAAACAUGAUGUCAGCCAGGGUUUAAGUGCUAAAUAUAGUGUAUGGACAAGACUACCAACUCCGUGGAUCUGUCUUUGACCAAGAGAACACCUGGGACACUUGCUUCAGGCCUCUCACCAUCGAAGCCAUUAACUGCACCCAGUGUAAAGGUCAGCCUUGCAUCUUUGGAAGGACAGAAUCCUGGCUCUCCUGGUAUGCUGGCUGUUUCCUCUGAAGUGGAUAUGUCCUAGAAAAGAAGAUGUUACAACACAGAAAUGGAAAAUAUAAGAAGCUUCAACAGACAAGCUUUCUGGAUACAAUAAAAGUUCAUACUGGUAGAUGCAAGCCAAAUAGAAAAGAUUAUAAUGUAAUAUAAGUUGUUCUACUACAAGCAGAGAGCCAAUGGCAAUUUUACUCAGACUUGGUUACUGUAGCAGAAGGACUGACUAUAAGAUGGAGAUACCCAGUCUUGCUGUUGCUGUUUGGAUGUUUAUUUGCUUCUGUGCACCUGUGGGUGGCUACCCAAAUGGAAAAGUAAGAAAAGCCUGCACUAGCAUGAUACCCUGUCAUGGUGGCUCUCCACAACUGUCACCUGAGCACACCAUCACAGUGAAUGGGACUCAGUUUAAACCAGGAGACAAAAUAGAAGUCAGUCUGUCUGGACCAGAUUUUGAAGGAUUUUUCAUACAAGCCCGGGAUGCAGAACACCUGGAUGGCCCUGCAGUUGGUUCUUUCCUGUUAGCUGACCAGAGACUUUCUCAGCUCCUGACGUGUGGUCGUACCAAGAAUUCAGCUGUCAGUCAGACAAGUAAAAUAAAAAAGAAACACAUCAAAGUUUAUUGGAUUGCUCCUGGAGAUGCACCAAAACAUGUACAGUUUCUAGCCACAGUUGUCAAGAAAUACAGGACUUUCUGGGUGAAGAUUCCAGGUCCCAUUAUUUCUCAGCCCGAUGUGCUGUCCCCAACAACAACUUUGCAUGCAACUUCAGAGGCUGUGUCAACUUCAUACCCAGUUUCCUCCUUAUCAAAGCCAUUUAGUGCCUCGGGCUGUGGAAGUAUGAAAUUCUGCAUUAGGAGCCCUUCAAACUGUGAUCCUGAAAGUGCUUCCUGUUUUUUUCUAUCCUUCCAAAAAGAGGAGAGUUCAGUAUUAAUUGAAAUGAGUGGUCCAAGUGAAGGCUAUUUAGCAUUUGCAUUGUCCCAUGACCAGUGGAUGGGUGGUGAUGAUGCGUAUCUGUGUAUUAAUGAGGACCACCGUGUUCAUGUGGGCACUGCCCAUUUGACAGGGCGAAGUCGUCCUCUCUUGGAUUCAGAGAAUACCCUUGAAGAUGUGUCGUGGAGGCUCGUGGAUGGUGUUCUUCAAUGUUCUUUCAGAAGGAGUAUUCGUCUUCCUGCCUAUAAAGAGAGAUUUAACCUGGAUGCCAGUUACUACAUCUUUCUGGCAGAUGGGGAAGCUAGUGAAGGUGGACUAAUAUACAAACAUCAUCGUCAGCCCCUGAUCACCAACGGACUGUACAAUGUCACAGGUCCUCCUCAGGAUAUUGGAGGCUCCCGCUCCCCACGACUUAUCAAGGCUCAUGGAGCUCUGAUGUUUGUUGCUUGGAUUACCACAGUUAGUAUUGGCGUUAUUGUUGCAAGAUUUUUCAAACCUGUCUGGGCUCAUUCAUUCCUGUUUGGAAAGGAAAUGUGGUUUCAGGUGCAUCGUAUGCUUAUGUUGACCACAGUCUUGCUUACAAGCAUUUCUUUUGUGUUACCUUUCAUAUACAGAGGAGGUUGGAGCCAACAAGCAGGUUUUCAUCCCUAUCUCGGCUGUACCGUGAUGGCCUUGACGAUCUUUCAACCACUCAUGGCAGGUUUCAGACCAUCUCGUCACGCACCGAGGAGGCAAUUGUUUAACUGGUUUCACUGGAGUACUGGUACAACAGCUAGAAUAUUAGCUGUGGUGACUAUGUUCUUGGGAAUGGAUCUACCAGCACUUGACCUGCCAGACUCAUGGGACACCUAUACAAUGAUUGGCUUUGUAGCUUGGCAUGUUGGUAUUGAUGUUCUUCUGGAAAUACACAGCUACUGCCUCAUACGUAAAGUUGAAGUGAUAGAGGAUGACAGAGUACAGAUACUGCAGUCACUCACAUCUGCAGAAGCAGAGGGUCAUCUGUUUAAACAGGUUGUGUUAACCAUCUAUGUCUGUGGAAAUAUAGUAUUCCUUGUUGCCUUCCUGAUAGCAGUCAACAAAACAUAAAAUAAUUAAUGGAGAAUUUUGUGAUGAAAUACUGCACUGUUGAAAAAUCUGAAAAAAAUGAUUUCUAUUACAACUUUGCUCUCAACAUCUCCCUGAAGAUGUAAUUGAAGAAUAAUAGCACAUGUGUCAUGCUUGGUGUUAGGGAGGUCUGGAAUUCAAAUCUAUAGACGGAUAAGAAGGAUGCUGCAGUCCUACAAAAGCUGUCUUCUGGCAGGACUUUCAAUGGGAAUUUUUGCCUGAGUAAGGAAAUUGGUUUUGUUUUUUUUUUAAAGCACAGUAGUUAACUUGAUUGAAGCUUAUAGGUUAAGAAACCUGAGAAGAUGUGCUGAAAGUGUUUUGAUCAUCAAUUCCCUAAACCUUUUGUGAAUAUUACUGGGGAAUGUGGAAAGAUUGAUCUGGAUUCUGUCAUAUCUGUUCCAUGUGUGGCAUGUGAUGUGACUACUUCCUGUUUGUGACAGUUUUGUGCAUUAAAAAAAACCCAAAACCAAAACACAGAACUUAGUGAAAAAAUGUCACAAAUGCAGAUUGAUGCAUGAACUAAAUACACAACAGUUAAAUGUGAGAAAUGCUCUCUCUGCUCCAAGAGCAGCAGUUUACUCACACAACAAGCAUAGGAGUGUGGAAACUUCAGUCCUUCAGUAAAACUACCAUUUGCCUCACUCAGAAUACUUUUCCAUCUCAUCCCCCUCAGUGCUUAUAAACCAUAAAGAGAAAGCAUUUGCAACAUAAGUUUAUUAAACCUGGUUGUACUUACCCAAAACUCAAACAGGAAGAACCUAUCUGUGUGUAUGGAUUGCUGUGUUUUACUGUCCCUCGUUGCUUGUGGCUUCUGAGUUAUCUUCUGUGUGAGUACAAUGGAUUUAUGCCAAUUGAUGCUUAAAUGGAAGUGAAAAUACUUGUUCAGGAACGUUGCAGUUGUAUUCAUGCUAUUGAGUGAAGAGUGCAUUAGGAGUUAGGAUGACUUCAGGAGAAGCAGUUUCUGAUAAUGUAAAGUGAGAGUCGCUUAACUGGCAUAUCUAGAAGACAGAACUAAAAGAAUUCUAUAACAACUCUAUUUUUUAAGAGUAUGGGAGGGCAUUUUUUUAGUCAAAAGGUUUAUCUAAGUAUAUGAACUAGGUACAGAGAACAGAAAGAGACUAUAUUGUUUGACUUCUUUGCUUCAUGGUUGACCUGAGUAUGGAAGGACUCUCCUGAAAUGGCAUCUUGGAAACAAACCCUUAAUAUGCUGUGCAGUACAGCACUUUACAUUUGUUUUAUGGCCCUGAAUAACUUGUGUCCACAUAUCUUCAUUUUUCAUACUGGAAAGUAUUGAUUUUCAGUUGUCAUACUUCAAAAUACAUUUUCAGUCUAGGGCUCCUAAGGUAGCUGUGAAUGAAGGUGCUGAUACAUUGGAUAGAAUAGUAAAUAGUGAGGCCUGGCAUGGUAUAGACUUUUACAGCAACAUCUCUCUACUACCUAAGGGACAGCUCUAAAAUACUUGUAGGUGAAGGUCAGGUGCUGGUUCUCUCCAUUUACUAGAGCUGUUUCUAUAUCUUCCUCCAUCUCCCCAGGUCCACAGUGCAGGGACACAAUAUUCAGAAAACUACAAGUUUGUUUGCAGUUGAUCUUUUUUUGUCUGUUCAAGUAUCUUGUUUAGCUAUGAGGGCAUUUAUAGAGCUGGGAUUAAUCCCUUUGUCAGCAGCAGCUGAUUGUGAGUGACUGUAAAUUGAAUCAUCCACCUUCCUCCUGGAAGUCAUGUCAGUCAGACUUGGAAAGGGGGCUAAGAAGAAAUGAGUCACAACUCAGGCUGAAUGGCAAGAAGCAUAGGGCCAGUCGUGUGGGUUGAUAGUUUUUUUAGAGAAUUCUGAUCGCAAAAGCCUGGGAAUCUCAGGCCCAUCUAGCACUAAAGUGUUUUGAGACUCUUUCAUAUACCAUGAGUUUAUAGAAGACAAAUCACUCAACAUAGACACGACUGAUGGCUUUUUAAAUUAAGGUCAAUGCCAAUUCUUUCUGUAAUACAAGAGCUGUACUGUGUGUUGUUUCAUUUACAUGUGACAAUGAACACAGGGGUUUUAAAACUUGAAUGUAAAUAUCUCAGUAGAAGGCUUUGUCCUUUUUAGUAAUGUGAAGACACUGUCGAAUAGAAACUAGAAAAGUCUUGCCUAGGAGCAAAAUGGAUUGUCUGGUUUUUGUCAAUGUUGUUUUAUAAAUUAAAGCUAUCUAAAUCCUUCCUGGACAAACUACUACUGAAAUUUAAUAUUAAAAUAAUUUCACUUCAUAAUGUAGUUUCUUUUCCUCAAGAAUAAAAAAAAUUCCUUAUUCAACAUCUAAUAGAACUUCCACAUUGGCAAAUUUGUCAGUUGUUCUGGAGAACUUGUUUCUUCCCUUUGCUUGUAAGAUUGUGUGGUUUCUUACAUGAGCCCUUAUGUGCAGUAUUGUAACCUAAUUGAUUGAAAGACUUGCUAAUUUUAUGUAAUGUCUGUUCACAUAACCACCCCUGCCCUUUUUCUGCAUGACUGGUAAGAGGAAGGAAAGUGUCAUUGUAUUAUAGUGACUUCCAACUUUUCUGGUAUACUCCUUUGAAAAAAAAAAAAAGUCCACAGAAGUGUUUGAUGUUGGCAGGAAAAUGGGUGACGGGCAGCCUUGUUCUACAGACACUAGUGGCUGCUGUAUUUUUUUUCCUUGAAUCAUACAAUAUUGUAUAGAAGAAAAUGCCCAUUGCUUUGCUUCCUAAAGGGGUCACACUGAAGUCAUGAAAAUUUCUUCACCAGAAGAGAUUGAGAAGGUUUGAGUGUUUUCUUUUAAUCUCAAACUUGUGAUGACAAAUUAACAUAUUUGUUUGGCUUCUUCCAGGCAGGCAAACACUCCCAGCCAAGUAGAAAUUUGUCACCAGUCUCACAACAAGUAGUUUACUGUUUUGAUUGAGUUGUUAGGUGCAACCUCCAAAUACUGGUCCUCUGCUCUUGACUCAGCUACAAAUCGUUUUCCUUGCCUGUGUUUUGAAGGAAAAUUAAUUGAUGCACGUAACUCAAGUGCAAUAGAAUUCACUGCUACUGUGCUUUACUUGGAGUUAAGUUUUUCCUAGUUGACAUUUCAGGCUGCAGAAUGAGCCAGGAAAAGGUGUGCUUCUUUUCUCCUCCUUACACUGAGUGCUAAAUUGUUUCCUGUUUUGUCAAAAAUCACAGGAUGGGGAGUAAUUAUGUUCAGUGUAACUACGGCCACGUUUUUCCUUCACCUAGGGAAGGUUAGAGAGAGAUCGCCUGCCUUGUGUUUGUAACAUCCCGGUCUGUAACACUGCGUGGCGCCCUUGUUCAGAUAACAGCGCUUUUCUUUUGCUUGCUUGCUUUAAACUGGAGACGCGUGAAGGCUGUCCAAAAUAGGAAGUAUUCCUAAAUGAACUAAUUGGAAAGGAUCUCAAGCUUUAUGAAGAAACUCAGUCUUUAAAUUUAAAACCAGCUCAUACGGAUAGAACUUCUGGUUUGCUUGAUACCUAUGCUCAAGCUUUUGAUUGACCAAGUAUGGAUGGACGGUUUUCUUUUGUCAUGCAUGUAAACUGUGCUCUGUGUGGGCACAUCCCUUUCCAAACAACUUAAGAUGAACAGCAGUCAUUUAGGAAAAACUGCAAUAUUCUCUAUUUCAAUGCAGAAGUCAAUAUCUCAGUGAUUUUAGACCUUUGGUAGAGAGUGAAGUAAGAGUCCAGGUGAGUAGAGACAUGGUUAACAGGGAUAUUCUGCUAGUAUGUUUGAAAAAUUCUUUGCUCACAUCUAUCUGAUCCAAACUUCUCUGAGGGUAUGUAUGAAGGGAAGGACUGUUGCAUACACCCGAGGAAGUGGCACAGCACAAUCAGCACAGGGCAAGUUCUUCGGAACAUGCUUUUUUUACAUUACUUUUCAUAUAUUGGUAGUGAAUUUCACUUGUAGGUUACUAAGAAUUCCCUAUUGUGAAGUUUCUAUUCAGUCUCCUUUCCUUUAAGCUACUUUGACUAGUACUAUGAUGGUAGUUGCAUUUUUGCUCCCUUUUCUGGAGUAUUUAAGUUUAAUAGCACAGAUUGUUGGGGAAGGCAUAGCAGUCUGCUGCUGUUACAAAAAAUACUCAUGACUACUUCAUGUGGCUUUCCUACUGUCACUUUUUGGUGUAACCUAUUAAGAGUUCACAAAAUCACUGAGAUGCUCGGAGUUGGAAGGGACCCACAAGGAUCAUCAAGUCCAACUCUUAGUUUGAGGGUGAAGCCCUCUGGUGUCACAAACAGCAAAUAACAGAAGAAGCAUAAGAAAAAACCCCUGU